CCUGUGUGCGUGCAUCUUGCCUGUGUGUGCUACUGUCGCUGUCAUCACAGAUGUACCCCCAGCUGUCACUCCAUUGCUCCGUCUCUUUGCUCGCGCGCGCACACGCGCUCUCUCCCCCCUCUCCGUUUCUCCCCGCUCUUCUAUUUCUCUCCCUGCGUCCCUCCCUCUUUCUUUCUCAGUGUGUUGUUGACCCGCAGCCCUGUCCCCUGGCAGCUGGCGGCUGGUGCUGCAUCUCUGCCGGGUGCUGCGUGCCACUCCCGGGGACUGGGGGACUCUGGCGCUGGUGCCACCGUGCUCGGCUCCGUGGCCGUGUCUGGAUUUCUCUGGGAAUCCCAGGAGGGUCUUGCUGGAAGGUUUCAAGCUCUCUGAUUUAAGGAGCUCACAGCCAGGGUGAAGAAAGGGAGCUGCCGGGUAGCUGCUGUCGCCUCCCGCCUGGGGCCACUGCUGGGGCUGGGGAAGCUGCUGGGGACCAGAUCCCAAAGCUCCCCUCUCAGUGUGAGCAGCUGCUGCAGCAUGAGCCCCUGAGCCGAUGACUCUUCCUCCCGACCCGCUGGGAAGACGGAACAUUGCGGUUCACCUCUGCGGCGGCAGCGGACGGGGAGGCAGGGGCCGACUGGCGCCCCCCUGACCAACAGCCCGGGGCCCAUGGACUGACAGGCAGUGCACGCCAAGGGGCUCCUCUCUCCCCGGAGGUGCAAGGCUGGGAGAGCCGUGGGAUUCGGCACCAUGCUGGCGCCAGGCCGUGGCCCCGAACCCAGGCCCAGGCUGGUCUUGCAGUGGAGGCAGGUCUCCUGGAUCACCUGCUGGAUUGCCCUGUGUGCUGUGGAAGCCCUCCCUGCCUGUCCUUUCUCCUGUAAGUGUGACAGCCGCAGACUGGAGGUGGACUGCAGUGGCCUGGGCUUCACCACGGUGCCCCCAGACCUGCCCGCUGCCACCCGGACCCUCUUGCUCUUGAACAAUAAACUCAGUGCCCUGCCAAGCUGGGCUUUUGCCAACCUGUCCAGCCUGCAGCGCUUGGACCUGUCCAACAACUUUCUGGACCAGCUGCCUGGCUCCAUUUUCGGGGACCUGACGAAUCUGACGGAGCUGCAGCUGCGCAAUAACAGCAUCAGGACCCUGGACAGAGUCCUGUUGCAGCACACGCCCCAGCUCCGCCACCUGGACCUGUCCAUCAACGGCCUGGCCCAGCUGCCCCCCGGCCUUUUCGACGGCCUCCCAGCCCUGCGCUCCCUCUCACUUCGCUCCAACCGCCUGCACAACCUCGACCGGCUGACGUUCGAACCCUUGAUGAGCCUGCAGCUGCUGCAGGUCGGCGACAACCCCUGGGAGUGUGACUGCAGCCUGCGCGAGUUCAAGCACUGGAUGGAGUGGUUCUCUUACCGAGGCGGGCGCCUGGACCAGCUCGCCUGCACCCUCCCCAAGGAGCUGAAGGGGAAGGACAUGCGCAUGGUCCCCAUGGAGAUGUUCAACUACUGCUCCCAGCUGGGGGACGAGAAUAGCUCCGCGGGCAUGGAUGUCCCUGGGCCACCCUGCACCAAGGCCAGCCUCGAACCUGCUAAGCCCAAGCCCGGGGCCGAGCCCGAGCCUGAGCCAAGCACUGCCUGCCCCCAGAAGCAGAGGUACCGGCCGGCCAGCGUGCGCCGGGCCAUCGGCACGGUGAUCAUCGCGGGCGUGGUGUGCGGCAUCGUCUGCAUCAUGAUGGUGGUGGCCGCUGCCUACGGCUGCAUCUACGCCUCCCUCAUGGCCAAGUACCACCGGGAGCUCAAGAAGCGCCAGCCCCUGAUGGGCGACCCGGAGGGCGAGCACGAAGACCAGAAGCAGAUCUCCUCCGUGGCAUGAGAGCCCCUUCCCCGCUCCUGGCACCUGGCCCAGGGACACCCGGCCCAGAGGCUUUGGAGCUGCAGCCUGUGUAGAUGGUGGCUUCCCCAGCAGCCAGCCCCACCGCCCUGGGGGUUCCUUCCAUGCUGCCCAAGUGUGUCCUCACUGCCAGGCCCUGGGGUCACCCAUCGACUCCACUCCCGUAGCCUGCAGCCUGAGAACCGUCACUCUGGACUUCUCACCCUCCAUCUCCAGCAUCUUCAGGCCGGGGGCUUCAGGGCAGAAGGGGAGCACCAGGGACUGGGUCAUCUCUGUGACGGGUGACACACCUUUGGGAAAGCAGGGGGCAGGCAGUGGGCACAGUGGUCCUCGCUGGAGCUUGCUGCCAGCCCAACGUGACAGCCUCCAGCAGCAGGGGGAGGACGGCCACAUUCUGUUCAGAGGCUUCAAUAAUGGGGUUUCCUUUCUCAGGCACAGAAAACAUGGAUGAGGGUCUUAGGGGUAGGGGUUGUGUCUGCUUAGCCUGGCUGCCCCCAGAGCUUUUAAUUGUACCCGGACCAAACCAGAGAGUGGGCCAGGGGUCCUAUCUGUACUUUACCUGUGACCCAUCCCAAAAGGGACAGGGGUGCAGGCUCCCAAGGCUGGGGUCACUGAAGGGUGAGGAGGGGGCCAUGGGGAGGGCUUUCAGGGUCUGAGGCUCCUCUCCAGGUCUGCCCCUCCUCCUGGUGAGCCCAACUAGGUGAGUGCCAGGUCCAUCCUCUGUUGACUUCCCAGGGCUCAGGCUGGUCUGUGGCUCUAAGUCAGGGCUGGGUUGGUGGCACAAGGAAGAGGCCAGGCAGACACUGAAGCGAAGUCUCUGAGGCACCCCCCACUCAGGAGCAGGGUGGGUGAGGUGGGUGGGUAGCAGGGGCGAGGGACGCCCUUCUGAAGGCCUUUCUCCAACAAGGGCAGCCAGGAUGAGCCUCGGCAUGAGCUCUAGGCGGGAUAACAGCCUCCCGUAGCUGGGGGCACCGUUUUCCUUCUGCUCUUGGCUUGGGGGGCUGAUAGGAGAUCCGGGAAUUUUCUACAGGGACUGAGAGUAGGGGGAGCAUUCAUUGUCGACAGUGGUAUCUUCAGCCUGAGACAGGAGAUUUUUAAAGGCAAAAUUAUAUUUCUGGUUUGUUGUUACAGAAGACCAAUAAAGACUGUAUUUUCCUAUGAA